AUGCCGCGAUUUUUGAACGAUGACGCAAUCGAGGAAGAACUGCCGUGUUUAUUUGGUCUUCCUGAUGAUCCUGAGGUUUCCGAAGACGAAUGUGAACCUGAACCAGAGAAUUUUACCGACUUAGAUGUCAGUAAUAUUUUGAAUGAUUUUGAUAUGGGCACUGCUGUCCUUUCUUGUUCAGAAGUUGGAGAGGUGCCGCAUCAGCUUGAAGAGUCAAGUUCAUCAAAUAACUUAUUUACUGAGCACCUUUCAACAAGCUUUGCUGAAGUUCAACCAUCAACAUCUGGUCUUCAUUUGGAUAGUCGACGUUGUCGUAUCAGCGAAUCUUCGUCCCCAGAAGUUCCUCUCGUUUGUGUUCCUCUUCGUUCCCAGUGA